AUGUAUUCCCGAUAUCCUGCAUCGACCAACCAGCCGAUAUUGGAUCAUGACUAUGGAUUUUUGAAUGAGCAAUUUUUCGACAUCGAUAAUUCUGCAUUUUCCUGGAAUUCGGCGAGAAUCCCUCGAAAAUGCUCAAUUUGCUCUGAAAAUUGCCCGGAAAAUUCAAAAACGCUGAAAUUCGAAGGAGAUGCUAUUGUUCUUCUAAUCGGACAAGUGCUACGUGGCAGUUUCAGUCUGAAACAAGCCGAUAAUUUCCGAAAAAUUUGGAGAAGACAAAAAAUCUGUAAUCUCCAUUUUUCGGAAUCGAUCGAUGCGAUUUUCGAAUUUCUCGGGAUCACAAAACCAUGUGGAAUAUUGGCUUGUUCGGAAGAAAUGAUGAAUGUUCUGAUAAAUCGAAUGGAGGGUACUGUAGCUCAGGGAAUCUCGUUGAAGCGAUUCAAAAAUUGUGUUUAUAAAGUGGCACUUGAUCUAGAAAAUGCUGGAAAAAUCUCGGAAAAAUUUCCAGAAACUUCUACUUCUUCUUCUGUUAAAAUUUCAUAUUGUUAUCUCUGUCCGAAUGGAGAAAAACGAUCGGAAAUGAGAAAUGUGAAGACGCAAGAAGCGCGGAUUGUAUUGCUCAUCGGACGGAUUCUUCUGGAAAAAUUGACAAUAAAAGAGGCAAUUUCCUUGUUUAACCCCUCGGAAUCUCUAUUUUCUUGCCGUUUCCACUAUUCUGAAUCGUUCGAGAAGAUUCUGAACACUUGUGAAAUCGCGAAUCCUUAUAAAGUGGCACCAUGGGAAUUGACAAAGGAGGUGAUGGAUUUGGUGACUGCGAUUUGGCCAGGAAUCGAUGAAAACGAGUUUUCGAGAAUUUUAAAAGGGUUUUUGAGAGCCAACAAGUUUUUGAAAAGUCUCUUAAAUCUGGACUACAAACAAUCGAGAAUUGCACCGAAACGAAUUCACCCGGAUUCAAAUAUUCUAGAAAAUUCUGAAAAUGUCCCGAAAAUCCCAAAAAUUUCAACUGGAAAUCCGAAAAAAUACAAAUGUUCGAUUUGUUCAGAAUUCAAAAAUUCCGAAAAAAUUUCCGGAUUUCGGCUGAAUGGACAGGAAUAUUUGAUUGCUGUUGGAAUGGUUUUAGGCGAAGUUUGGACGGAUGAGCAAGCCAAAAAUUUUAUUUCUUCGAUAAACGGAAAAUUGAGGAUUUCGAUUUGUGAAAUUCAUCGAUUCGAGAUUAAUUGCACAAUUCUUCAAUCUCUUAAAAUUGAAAAUAUCCAUCAAUUGAAGUUUUGCUCAUUUUCUCUUUUCGAUAAUUUGAUGGAAAUUUCGAGAAAAUUCUGUCCAAAUCUCACGAUGUCUCGCUUUUUCCUGAACUUUUUCCAUUUUUCAACUGGAAAAAAGAAUAUUUCUAAAUCGAGAAGUGCUUAUUUGGAAUACUACGAAAAACUUCAUUCUGGAGAGAAUACCGAGAAGAAACUGUGUCAUUUGGAAUAA